UGCGUUACGAUUGUGAGAUAAGAAGGUGUAUUUGUAUCGGAAACGCCUUUAAAAGGAACACCUUGUGAUGAAAUUAUGAAUCUACGUCUUGUUUAUUUUGUAUAUUUAACUACCGGGUGUGAGCUACAGCUGGUAGGUGUUGCUGAUUGAGAUAAGAUGAAUGAGGUGGAACAACAGCCGGAAAAUGACCAAGUGGCUUCAAACCUGGGCGAUCUACAGAUGCACAUGAGACGGCAGUACACAUCCAAGAUGUGUCGACCACGGCGAAGGGUACGCAUCCAGCUGAAUUUCCCGUACAACAUUGCCGAGCGAUCCAGAACCAAAAGUGAAACCCUGGAUCCAAAUAGUUUGCUGUAUUUGGAAGCUGUGGGUGCCAUCCCAGUAGCGAGCACCAGUCAAACGACGCUGAUGGAAACGAGCGAUCACUCUGCUGCAGCACAACAAAUGGACACCGGAAUACCGGGUACCAGCUUUAGUAGUAGCCGAACACGACCUAGCAAAGGCAAGGAACUGGUCAAAUCAAAAUCUCUAGAAGACUUGGUCAGAGCAGUGAGAGCAGUGGAUGGUUCACAGCCUUCUCACGAGAUGGAGUUCGUAUCUAGUCGCAUACAGAAACUUAAAGUUCAGGAGUAGAUGCUAGCAAUUGUGUACUUAACUGUCUAUAAUGUAGUUCCAGUGAUUUUUAUUUAUUUAUUUUUCUAUUCAUAAUAGAUCUGUCAUGAAAUUGUCGAGUUUAUAGAGUUUAUAGUUUUGUUAAGAAGUGCCAAUUAUCAGUCGUCGUACAGAACACAUGGGAGAUUACAAUUUUUUUCGUUAAAGUUUUUGCAAUUUCUCAACCAACCAAUAGCCAGCAAUAAUUUGACACGGAAAUUAAACGUAGGCAUUCGUUUUAUUUAUUUAAAUUUAAGAUGUAUUCAACAAAAUUUUAUUUAAGAAUAGUAUUUGAUAAUGCUGUCGAAAUUCCCUUUCUGAGUUUAUUGAUAUUCAGUUUUCAUAAGACUUCAUGCACACGGUUUCGGUGUAGAUUAUUAUAAAAAAUAAAAAACGAAAUCCCACAAGUACUAAGUAUGUUUAAAAAAUUAUUAAAAUAACAUAAAAAAAUAAGGAUAUUAAAUUUAUAUUGUUUUCGAUUUGGACAUCAUCAAUAUAUCGAUUAGUGCAAUGGAAGUGUGAGACAGAAAUCGCAGGAAAACUGUAAGUCCGAGAAACCGAGCCAGAUUUUAAACUCUUAAGAUAGCUGUAUUAUUUAUACAUACAUACUCGAUGUAGGAAAUUACCUGUCAAUCAUAAUGACCCAUUUUUUAAUAAUACACACUCAUUCAUCAGUGCAAAUAUUGAA